CGUCUCCAAUGGAGGAUGAAAAAUCCAACUCCAACUAGAGACUGACAGAGCUCAUGCGGAGCAUGCAGAGGAUAACAAAAGAUGCAAACCCUUCUUCAACCAUGUAAGUUCUUCUCUCUCCUCAACUCUUCUGAACAACCGUGUUUUGAUUUUGUUGUUGUCCACAACUCGAUUCGUAUUAGAGCUCCUCAAAGCAACCCCAAUUCACCACUUCAAAAAAUCCAAACUUUCGGCGCAUUUUCUCGCAAUACCCUAGUUGUCUCAAACAAUUUUCCGGUUUGGGGAAGUACCCAAAUUGUCUCUUGCUCUCAAAAGCAUGUUGUAGAUAGUGUUUGGAAUUCCCAAUUGCCCGGAAAGGCUGAUGAACCUAGAAUUGAUGAGAAUGAGGAGCUUGAAUUGCUGAACAAGCCGUCUCCAUUAAAAAAUGGUUCAUCUUCAGUAGUUGAUAAUGAAUCCAAAAAACUUGAUGAGGAGGAGGCGCUGGCACCUUUUAUGAAGUUCUUCAAGCCUAGAGAUUCUUCUUCACCAGAAGCCGAAGAAGACAAUGGUGAAUUAGGUGUUAUGGAGCAGAAAAGUGAGGUAAAAACUGAUGAUGAGGAAGCUAAGAAGAUUAAUGUUGAGUAUUAUGACCCAAAAAAGGGUGACUUAGUGGUGGGUGUGGUUGUGUCUGGGAAUGAGAAUAAGCUUGAUGUGAAUGUUGGGGCAGAUUUAUUGGGUACAAUGUUGACAAAGGAGGUUCUUCCUUUAUAUGAAAAAGAGAUGGAAUACUUGUUAUGUGACUUAAGCAAGAAUGGUAAGGAGUUUAUGGUUGGAGGGAAGACGGGAAUUGUAAGGAAUGAUGAUGCACUGAACGGGGAACCAGGCCUUGGGAGGCCUGUAGUGGAGACUGGAACUAUUCUGUUUGCGGAGGUCCUGGGGAGAACAUUGAGUGGGAGACCGCUGCUAUCCUCUAGAUGGCUCUUCCGAAGGAUUGCUUGGCAUCGAGUGAGGCAGAUAAGGCAACUCAAUGAACCCAUUGAGGUUAAGAUUAUGGAAUGGAAUACGGGGGGCCUUCUCACGAGGAUAGAGGGAUUGAGAGCUUUCCUUCCAAAAGCUGAGUUGGUCAAUAGGGUGAACAACUUUACUGAAUUGAAACAAAAUAUUGGCCGUCGAAUAUUUGUCCGGAUCACUCGAAUAAAUGAGGAUACUAAUGACUUAAUACUGAGCGAGAGGGAAGCAUGGGAAAAGUUGCACCUUAAGGAGGGAACUCUUCUGGAAGGAACUGUCAAGAAAAUUUUCCCAUAUGGAGCCCAAAUAAGGAUAGGUGAAACUAAUAGAAGUGGGUUGCUGCACGUCUCCAACAUCACUCGUGCCCAGGUCAAUUCAGUUGAUGAGCUACUUAAAGUGGAUGAGAAGCUGAAGGUUCUGGUUGUGAACUCGAUGUUUCCUGAUAAAAUCUCUCUCAGUAUUGCUCACCUCGAAAGUGAGCCUGGCCUAUUUAUAUCUAACAAAGAGAAAGUAUUUGCCGAGGCAGAAGAGAUGGCGAAGAGAUACAGGCAGAAGCUACCUAACGUUCUGCCAACUCAUACGUUAGAGACACCUUCGACUAGUGGUCUACCUUUUGACAACGAAGCGAGUAUGUAUGCAAAUUGGAAGUGGUUCAGAUUUGAAAGAGAGAAUGAAGUGCAAUGAGCCUUGAAGAAGUUGACAAUUUUGAAAUUAAAGGAGAGCUGUCCUUCCUACCCGGUGCAUCAUCAGUCUCUGUAUGCUCCACAGAAUGGAGAAUUGUAGAAUGACUUUAAGGUCAUUGUUUCACAGAGUGAAUUAAAAACCGUUUUGACCUAUAUUUCAUUCUGGUUGACAAAGAAUCCAUGGUACAGCUGAUGGUCACAGCUUUCAACUGAUGACUUCCACUGUAAAAAUGUGUUAUACGUACAAAUCAGAUGUUUUUUCAUUUGUAGUUGACAGUUGAGUCUUGCAAGCGAGAUAUUAGGUUAA